AUGGCGGAGGAGGCAGCGGCUCAGCCCCGGCCGGGCUCUGCGGAGCCGGCUCCGCUGGAGCGGCAGAACCUGCUGGCCGUGCGCAGGGAGCUGCGGGCCGGCGCCGCGGAGGGCCGGGUCCCGCUCCACAGGCUCCUGGUGCUCGCCCGCCUGGGCCAGGGGGCGGCGGCGGCGGCGGUGGUCGCAGGUGGGUGCCGGGGUGCGGGGGUCGGAGCACGGCUCCAGGGCAGGGCCCCGGCCCGCACCUCCCGUCCGGCGUUCACCGCCGUGUCUUGGAACGCGUUCAGCGCUGCGGGCUUGUGGCCAGGAUCACCCCUGCCGCGCUGCGCCCGCAGCCCGUACCCCAGCGGCGGUACGGAGCAGCGGGGAGCGCAGUCACUGCGGCAGUCCAUAAGCUGCAGCGAUAACGAUGAAAGGACACCUGGCCAUAAACCACUUGACAAACAGCCAUCUUCUCCUUUAAAACAAGGUUAUCACAGAGAACUGCUUGAAAACGUGUUAGAGGACCACGGAGGAGAACCAGUCUCAGGUCUGCUGCUUCUCUACCCCAGCCAUGUGUUCCAUGUAGUGGAGGGCUGCAGCAGCACAAUCCAUCUCAUCAUCCAAGAUUUAGCGUCCCUCCAAAGUCAAGGUUCAAGUGCUUUACUCCAGGAUAUUAAAGUUUUAGUGGUGGCACAUGCCAUCCCCACCAGACUGUUCCCAGACUGGGUAGUGGCACUGGCGACAUCUCCCGUGACAUGGCCAUCGAGGACCACCCAGUCACAGUCGACAGCAGAGGUGGUUGCAGGGUGCCUUACCCUCGGGCUCAAGCUGGCAGCCUCCAUCCAGAGCUUUGAGGAUGACAGCGAGGAUGCGACUGAGAGCAUACCCACUGUUGAACGGGAGCUGCUGAUCCCAGCAGAGACAAUUAACUACUUGUGUAAAGCAGAGGAGUGCACCAGUCCUGAAGAGUUUCUGAGAACUUACUUAGGUCCUUCACAACCCACCCUGGACUCAGAAACAGUGUGGCCUGUUCCAUCUUAUCUCUCCACGUGAUACAGGCUGUAUCCAGUGUUCCCCUCUGCAGCUGGACUCACUUUUGUUUAACAUGAAUCUACACAUUAAAGAGUACAUGCAUAUUCAUUCCCACUCUGCUUCCGUGC